AUGUCCCGCUUGACCUACCCGGACUGCGAGAGCCCGGUGUUCCUGCGGUUGCGGAGCGAGGUGGAGCUGACGACCGAGCUGCAGGGCGUGCGGCUAGCGCUGGAGCACGCGCCCGUCGAGCCCUGUCCGCUCGCGUCGGCCGUGGCCGACUCGGCACCCAUCAUCACGAGUUGGAAGCUCGCCUCCUCGGAGUCGGCUUGCGCCGAGCGGCGUCAGCCGCCAGGCGGAGCAGAGGCGACGCCAGGGCAGCUGGACGGGGGUGCGAAGGCGGUGCAAAGGUUGGCGGGGAGUUGUGCGGGGGCGGUGCGAGAGACGGCUGACUGCGGCGGAGAAGCGACGCAAGAGCCGGUGGACGGUGGUGCGGGGGCGGUGACGGAUCCGGAUGCAGGUGGAACAGAGGCGAUGCGAGAGUCGGUUUGUGACGACCCGGAGGCAUUGCCAGAGUUGACGGGCGGCGGCGAAGGCACGGGUCAUCGUCCGGUGGGCGAUGGCGCAGAGCCGGUGCCAGGGCCGGUGGGUGGUGGAGCUGGACCGACGACGCCGACCCCGGACGGUGACGUCGGUGAGCUCCGGCCGGACGCCAGCUCUCCGCCGGAGCAGGACAGUGAGCUACGGCGGACCAUUGGCCGGCUGGCGCUGCGGGCGCUCAGCUCCGACUCGACCCUGUACCAGGUCAUCAGUCUGGUGGAGACGCACGGUGUCACUCUGCCCACGGGUGCCGCCCACCCCGAGUCGGUGAACGCUGGCUACGCGGCCUUCUAUGACUUGGCGCUGACCUCGCCUUGCCGUGAUUUGUUUAUGAGGGCUGCCACAUCGCUACAAGAGGACGUCUCUCUGAAGUCCACCAUGCCGGCCGGGCUGGAGACGCUAGCCGGGGUCGUGCGCCACUGGCUGUCGGUGCCGUCUGAGGCGGCGUUGCUGGCGCCUGACCUGGCGUGGGGACUCACAUGA